AUGGAAGCCGUCGUGUCCCAGGAGAUAACCAACGAGCUCACACAGAUCCUGGCAAAUCUCGUGCUCGGCGACAACAAAAUCCGCUCAAAUGCUGAGAAGGCAGUUAAUGACCGUCUCGCCCAAACGCCAGACCUUUAUCUGCUCGCGUUGGCCCAGUUCGCCAUUGUAGCAGAUACAGAAGUGAUGAGAUCCUUUUCGCUUGUUCUUCUCCGGCGACUCCUCUUUCGCUCCCCUCCCCAACAGCAUCAAAAAGACCCACGAAUGACACUCUACGACCACAUGUCAACCCAAGCCCUCGCAACACUUGAACGCCUGCUACUCCAUUCUUUGUCGCAAGAGCCAUCAGAUUCAGUACGGAGAAAAACAGUCGACACCGUCUGUGAUCUCGCUAACAAUGCAAUGAGCCGCGGGCGCCCUUGGCACGCCCUUCAGGCCCAAGCGUUCACCAUGACGCAAUCUGCAGAGACCGGCAGUCGUGAGUGCGCUUUCAGAGUGUUCUCGGGAAGCCCGAACCUUGUCAUGGAUCUACAAACGGAGGCCGUCCUCUCCGUCUUCCAGAAAGGCCUGCAGGACUCUCACAGUGUAGACGUUCGACUGGCUGCCCUCAGAGCAUCCGUCUCCUACCUGACCGCUUCGGAUAUGCACCAAUUGUCACAAUCUCUAUCGCUACUCUAUCCAAUGUUAGACACCCUUCCCUCACUACCCAACGUACAUCUCAAGACGUUUUUGAGUUCCUUGACGUCGCUGUGCUCUUCACGCCCACAACUGUUUGCUCCUCACCUUCCCGCCUUGCUGUCGUUCCUGCGCGCAUUGAUAAUGCCCUCUGCUGACCCGGGGCCCACGCCCACCGUCGCAAAGCCGUUCCCCACCGCCGGCCGUUCAUUUUCCUUCCCGCCAGAGCAGACACUGGGUGAUGAAGCAGACUCUGAAGCCGCGGAAGAUGAAGAUAAAGAACAGGUUAGGAGGGCAGCAUUGGAGCUCAUGGUUAGUUUGAGCGAGGCGAGGCCGGCGAUGGUUAAACAAGUCGAGGGAUGGACACCCGCUAUAGUCCGCGCCUGCCUCGAGGGUAUGGCAGAACUUCCUGAAGAUGGUUUGGAUAUCUGGCUGGACACGGAUCCUUCCGAUGAUGCCAUCGACGAGAGCUACCCAUAUGCGUACGAUCAAGCGUUGGAUAGGCUCGCCUCUGCUUUAGGAGGCAAGGAAAUUCUUCCGCCCGCGUUCCAACACAUUCCAUCCAUGUUAGCAAAUUAUGACUGGCGACAACGACAUGCAGGUCUGAUGGCGAUUGCAGCGAUUGCUGAAGGCACGAGCAAGAUAAUGCAAAUCGAACUAGGAAAAGUUGUAGAUCUUGUGACACCCAUGUUUAAGGAUGGUCAUCCCCGCGUCCGCUACGCUGCGUGCCAGUGCUUAGGUCAGCUGUGCACAGACUUGGAGGAGAUCAUCCAAGAGAAGCACCAUCAACAGCUAUUUGCAGCUUUGAUUCCGACGUUGGAAGCUCCAGAGCAUCGAGUUCAUGCACAUGCUGCCGCCGCCCUCAUCAAUUUCUGCGAGGGUGUCGAGCAUGACACUCUGGUCCCUUACCUCGACCUCAUCGUAGAGCGACUGUUGAAAAUGUUAAAUGCGAAUUCUGAGGAAGGCAAGCAAGAGAAACGCUACUGCCAGGAACAAGCGAUUACGAGUUUAGCUAUGGUUGCAGAUGCUAGUGAGACUACAUUUGCAAAGCACUAUGCAUCCAUCAUGCCCCUCCUCCUCAAUGUGCUUCGGAAUGCGAAUAGCGCCCACCACCAGAAACUUCGCGUGAAAGCUAUGGAGUGCGCUGGUCUGAUAGCCGUUGCUGUGGGUCGCGAUAUUUUCCGACCCGACUCGCGUACCCUCAUAGAUGCCUUGAUUAAUAUUCAAAAUUCUCCCGUGGACCCUGCGGACACAAUGCUUGCUACGUAUCUAAUCGCCACGUGGGCAAAAAUAUGCCAAGCGCUUGGUCCAGAAUUUGAGCCUUAUCUUCCUGUGGUCAUGCCUCCACUACUAAACGCAGCGAGUGCCAAAGCGGACGUUUCAGUUUAUGACGACGAUGGUGGUUGCGAGCGUGAGGGAUGGGAAACCAUAUCGAUGGAUGGCCAGAUCGUCGGGAUUCGCACAUCGACCAUCGACGAAAAAUGUCAAGCAUUUGAUACACUUGUGAUAUAUUGCAGCAUGCUGGGAGGGCGCUUCGGGCCAUACCUUUCGCAGGGUCUCGAGCUCUCGUUACCCGCCUUACAAUUUUAUUUCCACGAGGGUGUCAGGGAGGCUGCGUGCCGGUUGAUACCUCUCUUACUGUCGUGCGGCAAGAAUAGCGGGACACUCACGCCCCAGAUAGUCCAAGCGUCUCUUCAUCAACUCAUCCAAUGCUUGCGCACCGAGACGGACCCAUCCUUUGUCGCCUCGCUGUACCGAUCGAUCAUCGACUCAUUACUGGUGGUCGGAAUGGAUACUCUCAUGCCUGAGCUCGGUGACGGGCUUAUUGAUGCUACGAAAGCCCAGCUGACCACAUUCGCGGAUAAACGAAAGGUCCGGAAUGGUCGUCCCGCCUCCGAGAUUGCGGAAGACCGGGAAGAUUUGGCAUUGUUGGAGGAGAUGGAAGACUUCGCACUGGAGGAUAUGGAGAGGCUAUUGAGGUUGUUGGAUCCGCAGCAUCCAUUGUUGAUCGCUGUUGCAAGCGUGCGGGACCUUGGGUUGAAUCAGUGGGAGACUGAGGAUGAUGAUUGUGAGAGUUAG